GAGCGAGCCAGCGAGCUUCCCUGUCGCCGAUAGCAACGCCGACCGUCUGUCGAGAACAUCAUCGUCUGCCCUGCGCGAUAUCCCGAUCCAGAAUGGACGUCGACAUGGAGCUUCCCACGGCAACCUCCCGGAAGGCAAAGGGGCGCAAGCCCGCGAGAGAGGCUAAAUCCGCCCAGCCCACCCCCAAGACCUCCAAGGCGCCCAAGGCAGCGACCACGACGCCGAUCUCAACGCCCUCGUCAGCUGCUCAUGCACGAUCUACAGCGGCUGCCAGUCCGACAGUGGCCUCCAAUGCGAUGGGGACUCCAAAGAGCGAGAAGAGAGCCAAGACGCUAUCCAAGGAAACCGCAAAGUCACAGGAUUCGAUAGCAACGCUCGUGGACCCUGAUAGCGAGCACGAUGUCGUCGCGCCUGCAAGCCAUGGCGGGACUCCACAGAGCAUCAAAGGACCAAAGACUGCCAAGGGACAUGCGAAUGCGAAAUCCAACGCAUCCAGCGCCUCUCGGAAAGCUGCGGACACGCCGACCAAGACCGCGACAGCACCAUCCGCGAGUCCGGCGGGAAGCGGACCAAGGCCCAACGGCGCCGAGACCCCCAAAGGUCCGGAGGGAAAAACGAAGAAAACGAAACCGACGCAAAUCUCGGACGCGAGAUCUGUCGCCAAGGCGAACUCUGCUGCAGGGCCUGACCACCGACCCCAAUCCUCGGCAGCUUCCACAGCAACGCCAACCAAAAAGUCUGGAUCGUCGAGCCUCGCCAACGGACAGGCAGCCCAUUCCAAGGUACAAGCGCCCGGAACUCCAAAGCAGCAGACGAUUCGGAAAGACGAUGCUGCGGCCCUGACUGCUCCGGAACAGGGAACAGCACCCAGCGGCGAUGCCACCUCAGCCGAGUCCAAAAAGGCCAAAAAGUCAAAGGUUGCGAGGUCCUUCAAGGUCAACGAAAAUGUGCCGCAGAGGGACGCCCUGACCUCGGCAGUGAAGAAAGGAGAGCGAUUCUCGGCCAACGUCUCGACGCUCACCUGCGGCAAUCUCGGCGCCAUCCCACCCGUGUUCACCAAGGACUCUGGAUACCUUUUUUGCGCAACCGAAUCGACCAUCAAGAUCUUCAGUGUCGCGACCGGCCAUGCCGUUCGAUCGAUCGUGGGACACACGGACACGGUGACUGCGACGUUUCUCAAUCCCGAGAACCAUCUCCAACUCUACUCUGGCUCGUUAGAUGGGACAAUCCGCCUGUGGGACUUCAACGACGCCAUUUUGCUCAAGUCCUGGAACAUUGGCGAGCCCAUUCAGCACAUGUGUGUGUCCAAGGCCGAGCCCUCUUUCCUGUUUGUGGCCAUCCAGAACCCGGGCCAAAACUCGAGCUCGGUGCUCAAGUUCAAUGUAGCCCAAAAAACGGUCAAGUGGGAGGUCAUCAUGACGCUCAAGGGCACCAUCUUCCGUAUCGAGGUCGACCCAUCCGGCGAGUACCUGGUUGCCGGCAGCACGUCACAGCGAUUCAAGGUCCUGCACCUCCCCACAAAGACCCAAGAAAUCUACUCGCUGGAUGGCGUCGAGCUGUCCACCUUUGCCAUCCACCCCACAGAGCCGGCUGUGGCGGUCGGUGACAGCGACGGUCAGAUUACACUAUGGUAUUGUCUGCGCACACCCUUUGUUGCCGCUCCGGUCACGACCACGCUGCACUGGCACGCCCAUCGAGUCAAUGGAAUCAGUUUCACAGCCGAUGGCGCGUAUAUGCUCUCGGGUGGUGAAGAGGCCGUCCUGGUUGUGUGGCAGCUGGAGACCCGAAACAAGCAGUUCCUUCCGCGUCUGAACUCAGAAAUCGUCUCGGUCACCGUCAGCCCGACCGGAAGUCUGUUUGCUCUCGGUCAUCGCGACAAUUCGAUCCGAAUCAUCUCAUCCGUCAACCUCACCGUUCGUCAGGCGGUUGCCGGACUCAAGAUUGCUCAAGAAAACCGAGAGCUCUAUCCACUGAGUACUGGACUGGUUGUCGAGCCAAGGGAGAACGCCGUCUGCCUGAACGGAUCGCCAGGAACGCUCCAGUUCUACAACCCCUUUGCAGACCGACACGUCAUGGAGCUGGAGAUCACUUCGGGAAACCGUGUCAGUCGGCAGGAGGAUCGCGAAAUCAUUCGCCCCCAUGUCGUUCAUGCGGCAUUCUCAAAGACUGGUGACUGGAUGACCACGGUCGACACCCGGGACGAUGGCGAGUUUGAUCCCGAGCUCUACCUCAAGUUCUGGACUUUUGAUCACAACAGCCGAAGCUAUGCUGUCAACACCCGAGUCGACAACCCGCACGAUGGAGCCAUCCACGGGCUCGCCUUCCGGCAGGCAUCCUCCGAGCCUCUCUUGGCGGUGACGUGUGGCAAUGACAAGAAGUUCAAGAUUUGGCAGCUCAACACUGCCCACAGCGACGACGACGAGAAGGAAGAAACGUACUGGUCGUGUCGCAGUGUCGGAUUUUACAAGGAAUCGGCCAUCUCCCAUGUGACGUUUUCCGAAGAUGGCUCGAUUCUGGCAGUAGCCUGCGAAAACGAUCUGACUCUGUGGAACCCACUUACCAAUGCACUCCACGCCGUCCUGACAUACCCGCCACCGACCAACACCAUCCGCAACAUUUGCUUCACGAGUGGAUCCGAGCCCUACGUGGUUGCCGUCACCGACACCCACAUCCACGUCUGGAAUCUGCUGACGUGCACCAUCUGGUGGAGUGUCCGAGUCGGCGAUGUGGCACACUGUGCAAGCGAUCCCAAGAGCGCGCAUUUUGCGGUGGUGCUGACAGGGUCAAGCGACUACAAGAGCAAGAUUGCCGUCUUCCACCCGUCAUCGCCUGUCAGUGUCCACAACUGGAACGUCGAUGAGGACAUUGUGUCCUUGACGUUCUUUGCUCGAGCCGACAACACUGCCAGAAGCAACAGUGGCAUGAGUGUGCUGAUUCUGAACAACAAGUACCAACUGCAGCUUGUGUCUGGCGAGCAACUGGGCGGAUCCGACGAAGCGUCACAAGAACAAGAGCAGGGCCAACAGGAGCAGAUCCGGGAAAGCAUCGCUCCGUCUCUCUUCAGCAGCAUCUACGGCAAGGCUGCGGUCACCGAGCCCGAGACGCAGAGCUUUGCCACCGCAGCAACCAAGAGUGCCGAGAACUAUGCAGAGAGCACCCCGUAUCUCGAGGCGGCUGCCAGAGUGCACAAGACCGUGGCCUUCCUGGAAUCGCCCUCGCAUGUUCUGCCGCCGCCGACGAAGCUCAUCACGGCCUUUUUCGAGCACCUCCUGGAGCAAAUGGGUGCAACUCAGAUUCAGGACGACGACCAGGCUUUGGAUGCUGACGGCGAUGUGGUGGUCGUGCCGGAUGGCGAUGAGAAUCACAUGAUUAUUGAUACAGACCCGGAUCAAGCCUUGGUCAGCGCCAAGAUCGAGCUCGGCUUCAUGAAAGAGCUCUUCCAAAGCCAGUUUGGAGCCGAGACUGGCAAAAAGUAGAAAUGUCGCAGAGGAACCUACUGUACGGCGCAAUCCAUCCAUUCAUAACUCCUCCUCACUCCAGUAAACGCUCGCGCCUCAAGAGUUCCACACAGCUCAUCAAGAAACCCUCGAUGCCGCGAGCCCGGCGAUUCAUUACCAUAAUAACUGAGUGGUGGAUCUCAACGGCUUUCCCAUUGACUCAUCACCACCACUGAUAUCGCCAUCAGCCAUCGAUGGCAGGUUCGUCUCGGGCGGGGUGGCCCUGAAUAUACGAGGUUGAUCUCCGAC